UACCUAGGUAAUUUUAAUUGUUACUAACAAAAUAUUUGUUUCCUAAUAUAGAUACCUACCACAGAAUAAGCUUGUUCAACCUCGUAACGUUAUAUCUUGACGAAUAAUGUUUAACAGAAACGGUACGGUAUAUAAUAUGGUACUAGGCAAUGUCUUUUUCAUAACCACUACAAACCAACCUUUUUAUCGAAGAUACUUUGGUAAUGAAAUAACAGUGAAUAUUGUCGAAUAUUAAAUUCAAGUUGACGGAAUCGAAUCUAAGACAUGUAGCAUAUCAAUUAUCACAUCUGACAUCUUAUUAUCGGCGAGCAAACAUAUUUCUACAGAUACCUACUCUUCUUACCAAUUAUUGAAUUUAAUAUAACUGCGAUAACUUCUGUUGCUCUUAUUGGAAAGAAAAUUUAAUCAAGUAGGUAUUGAAAGACCCAAAAGUAUUUCAAGAAUGCAAUGCCCACGUACUUUUCUAAUAAAGUUGCGUUCAUUAUCGAUCCAUUGCGCGCGCCGGUUUCUCCCUUAUCUCAUUCCUUGGAACCAUUACAAAUAACGUCAGCUGGUCAAAGGAAAUCUAGGUAAUGGAAAUUCUAUUUCCCCAAUACAAACACAGUCAUAACUGUGAAGUUUUUAAAUAAGUGUGAAGUUCUGAAUAAUUUGUUAAGUUAUAAGAGUGUUAAAAGGAUAUUUCGAUUCUUGCAACCAAAAUGCCUGGGGCAAGGCAUAAAAUCCUGGGGCAUGUCCUCUCAGGAUUUUGCCACAAGAUGAAUAGACGCAAACCUAUCUAUGGAGAUUCUCUGGAUACACCAUUGAAUAGAUGUCUCACGACAUUUGAUAUUACCCUAUUAGGUAUAGGACAUAUGGUCGGUGCUGGUAUAUACGUUUUAACGGGCACAGUCGCUCGUCAUAUGGCUGGUCCAGCCACAGCAUUGAGUUUUCUAUUAGCAGGAAUAACAUCGACUCUCGCAGCUUUAUGUUACGCUGAAUUUGGCACAAGAAUACCCAGAGCUGGUAGCGCGUAUGCCUAUACGUAUGUGAGCAUUGGUGAAUUCUGGGCUUUUAUAAUUGGUUGGAACAUUGUACUUGAAUACAUGAUUGGUGCUGCAUCAGUAGCUAGAGCGUGGUCAGGUUAUCUCGAUGCUAUGUUAGAUGGAGCGAUUAGCAAUGCUACUAUAUCAGUUACUGGCGAACUUCAUGAAACUCUCUUGAGUAGAUAUCCUGAUGUUUUAGCCUUUCUCAUUUGUAUAAUAGCGUCACUUAUUCUCGCAGUUGGAGUAAAAACUUCAGCCUACAUCAACAACGGUCUAACAAUUCUUAAUCUUCUGGUCAUAUCUCUCGUAAUAUUCCUUGGAUUUUACUAUGCUGAUAUUAGCAAUUGGUCCUCAAAGCACGGCGGCUUCAUGCCUUAUGGUUUGAGUGGAGUUCUAACAGGAGCUGCUACUUGUUUCUAUGCGUUUGUUGGAUUUGAUAGUAUAUCGGCUUCCAGCGAAGAGGCAAAGGACCCUUCUCGAUCUAUUCCAACUGCAACAAUUUUAUCGAUGGCUGUUGUUGGAAUAGGAUACAUCCUCGUUGCUAUUUCUUUAACAUUGAUGGUCCCGUAUAAUACAAUUAAUCCCGAAGCCGCAUUACCAGCAGCUUUGGGUGCCGUUCACGCGGAUUGGGCUAAGUAUGCAGUCGCUGUUGGAGCAGUGUGCGGAAUGACUACAACUCUGUUAGGUUCUCUAUUCUCCCUCCCCCGCUGUUUAUAUGCGAUGUCGGCUGAUGGCUUGUUAUUCGGAUUUCUCAGUGAUAUUAGUAACAAAUCGCAAAUACCGAUUUCCAAUCUCAUUAUAUCGGGAUUUUCCUCAGCACUUAUUGCUUUAUUGUUCGAUCUUGAAAAGCUGGUUGAGUUUAUGUCUAUUGGUACAUUGUUGGCAUAUACUAUUGUGAGUGCAGCCGUUAUUAUUCUACGCUAUCGGCCAGCUCCUCCUGCUGAGGAUAAGGACUUUGGAAUACCACAAUUAGAGUCACCUGGAGACCGGGAAGAUAGUUCAGCAACAGGAACGCCAGGAACGGAUGCAGGAUCAUCUUCAUCGGAGAUGUUCGAAGCUUUGACUGUUGGUCGUUUACGGCCACAAUACGCAUGGUUAGAGCCCCUCGUUGGAGGUAGAGCGCCUGGCAGUGCGGUCACCAGUUGCGUUUAUGUGUUUGCGUUAGCUGCUGCGGCUCUCAGCGCCCACAACCUACUCACUAAGCCUACUAUCGUUUGGAUGAUUGUGCCAGAUAUCUUGCUUAGCUUAGUUAUCGUUGGGUGUCUUUUUAUCAUCUGGGCCCACCAGCAGAGUCCGAUGCGGCUUCCGUUCCGAGUCCCAUAUGUACCGCUGUUGCCGGCCGCAAGCGUUAUGCUGAAUAUCGAGUUGAUGAUAAAUCUGAACGCUCUCACUUGGGCUAGAUUUGCUAUUUGGAUGACUUUUGGCCUCUUACUCUACUUCCUGUACGGCAUCCACCACAGCAAGCUCGGAGAAGGCGUGGCUGGUCUGCUCUCCCGUUCCAACAGUAACUCGCACGCGGGUUGGGGCGCGGUUGACAAGACUAGCACCCUCGCGCGUAGAGUUGGACGUCUCGGCCGCGGCAGUAGAAGCGACGACCGUAAACCUAUUAUAUGCGACGACGAACUUGCUAGAAGAGAUCCGUGAUUUUAAACUAUUCCGAACAGAAGGUCUAUGAAGCAGCUUCUAUGAUGUUUUUCGAUGCGGUGUGUAGGAUACUUGUUCAUGAAAUUACUAGAGCAAUUAAAAUGGAAUGGCCAUGUUUCUUACAGAUUAAUUGAUAUUGAUUUAUUGAUGGAUUUCUGUGUAUAAAAGCGAACAGAACUUUGU